CGGAGCCGGAGCCGGAGUCGGAGCCAGAGCGCCGGCAGCGCGGAGCGGGCGGCGGGAAGGCAGCGGCGUCCGGAGACCCGCCGCCCGGGCUCAGUCUCCGCCCGGGAGAAGCCGCGGACCCCGCGCAGGGUGGACCCGCCGCGCCGCUCCGGGGAGCCGCAUCCCAGCGCGGGUCUGAGGUGCGCCCCGGAGGAGGACGCAGCCCCGCGCACCCGGACCCGACUCCGGAGCCCACGAGAGGCUGAGGGUGCGGAUGGCCCGGAGGGGCAGGGCCGGGAUGCGUGGGGCACAGUAGCCGCAGGCUUCGGCCGCAUGGAGCGUGCGUGGGCACGGGGGCUGCGCGGCGUCCGGCGUCCGUCCGGGCUCCGGCUAGCGCUCCGACUGGCGCUGCUGCUGGCCGGGUCGCCGUCGGGCCGCGCGGGGGCCCCCGAGGCGCAGGAGCCCGCUGCGCCGGGCACGGCGGCCCCGGCAGGAGGCGACCGCUGCCGCGGCUACUACGACGUGAUGGGCCAGUGGGACCCGCCCUUCAACUGCAGCUCGGGCGUCUACAGCUUCUGCUGCGGCACGUGCGGCUACCGCUUCUGCUGCCACGACGGCCCGCGGCGCCUGGACCAGAGCCGCUGUUCCAACUACGACACGCCGGCCUGGGUACAGACUGGCCGGCCGCCCGCCCGCGCCCGCGACACCGCCGCCCCGCGGGACCCGGGCCGUGAGCGCAGCCACACGGCCGUCUACGCGGUGUGCGGCGUCGCUGCGCUGCUCGUGCUGGCCGGCAUCGGGGCGCGCCUGGGCCUGGAGAGAGCGCACAGCCCGCGCGCGCGGCGCACGGUCCACAGGACGCUGACGGAACUUCUGAAACAGCCAAACCCCCAGGAACUGCCUCCACCUCUGGGUCCACCCCUGGGUAACUGUGUCCAGGUGCAAAUGGGUGAUGGUGUUCUCCGGGAUUCCCCCCACAACAGCACAGACAAGAAACGCCUCAAUAACGCACCCCUAGGGGCUGCCACCCCGGGUCCCACGCGUGGCCCUCGGCUGCAGGGCAGUGGCAGCAUGACCUUGCAGCCGGACUAUGCCAAGUUCGCCACUCUCAAAGCAGCUGCCCUGAAGGCCACAGAGGCUGCACCCCAGGACUUCUAUCAACGCUUCCCCUCCACCGAGCCAGCGCCACGGACACUCCCAGCGCGGCCGCGGCCUCCAGAGGACUUGCCUGCGCUGCUGGACGCCUGCCCCUGGGCCCCACCGGGCUACGCGCCUCCUGCCGGUCCAUCCGCCCCCUACGCGGCCUGGACGGCCGGCCGUCCGGCGCGGGUGAUCCCCCGUGGGCACUUGGCGACUCAGGCCUCCCCUGCGCCCCGGCGGCCCAGCCACGCACCCCGACGUCAGUUCAGCGUGGAGAAGCUGCCCGAAGCCUUCAGCGCGCAGUCCCGCAGCCUUUACAGCAGCGUUGGCCGCGGACCCCGGCACCUGAGCACCAACAGCAAAGCUGAGGUCACUGUAUGAAGUCCUCCGGAGGAGCCGCUGGAACCUUCUGCUGGGUCCUGAGCCAGGCCAUGGAGUAGCAGAGAGCUGGCAUUUGCCCAGGCUGGACUGGGGACCUUUGGAGCCUGUAGGGCUAAGGGGCCAAAAGGGUGGGGCUGGUGGUUCUGUCCUUGGGAUGUAGGGGUAUCCUUGCCUGUGUAAAUAAACCCUCUUAAUGGUUCCUAUCCCAAGAGGCGCUACUGGAGGCAUCACUGAGUAUACAGACAGCAGUGCAGGGCAGAGAGCACAGCAUAGGCAAAAGAGUAAUGUUCAUGCUGGAGGCCAGGGAGAAGUGGCUGGAGGGGGUGACCAGGGUUGAAUACCAGCUCACACCAGUGGGAGUCAUGGAAGGGGGCGGUUAGAUCUCAGUCAUCUUAAGUUCUGCGUGCAGGGGGAGGGCUUGUUGGGCCCCUGACCCCUGUGAUUCAUGUGCUUUACUAGAGGUGACACCCCCCACCCAGCUGAACUGUACAGCUUGUAUUGGCCCAGCCGGGUUGAUCCUCACCGACAGUUUGGCCCCUGGCCUGCAGGUUUCUUGGCCAGAUUGGCUCAGAGCCACCCCCCAGUGGGUGUGGGCCAUAUGGACAUCUGGUGCUCAGAUACAGGAGCCUUUUUGGAGGAGCUGUUCUGGGGUAAGGGGCAUGGAUAUGAUGGAAUGGGAGCUCAGCAAUGCCCCCUCCCCGGGGACUUGGGGUGCUCAAACUGCACAGGGUUUGGCGCUGCCAACUCUACCCCUUCCUGCCAGAGGGCUCCCAGGAGCUGGCGGUAGCCCAGGACACUGUCAGCACCUUUUCCCAUCUUUCCCAAGUUCCCCUGUUCCAGGUUCUGGUGUGUGGGGAUACCCCAGCUACAGUCAGGUGAGGUGUAUGACCUCAACAAAGCCUUUCCUCAGUGUUCCCAGGGGUGGCCAUCACUUGUGGCUGUUUCUUAUUUAAUCCUAAAUGCCCCACAGGGUGACUGCAGAGAGGGAAUUAGGCCAUGGGACUUAAGUAACUUGCCCAGGGUCAUUCAGCUGACUCCUAGGCCAGGGUCCUUUCAUAUCGUGCAGCCUUCAGUGUAGGAGAGUGAGGGCUAGAACAUUGCUGGCAGGAAAGGCCUUGCUCCUGUCUAACCUAGUCUUUUUUAUUUUUUUUUGAGACGGGGUCUCCCUGUAGCCACAGCUAGCCUGGAAC